UGGAUUAUGGAUAUAUUUAAUUAGAUUCUCCAUGGAUUUUCCUCUCUCUAUAUAUAUAAACAAUUCUGUUGCUUUAUGAAUUGUAUUUUCUCUGGCGUCUCUUCUUCUCUUGUUCCCAUUACAGGCCAAAACAAAAACUUCCAGAAAAGAUAGCUAUGAAGAUUGAAGAGGAGAAUGAUACGUCAAUCUUCAAGAAGAUGCUUUCUUCUUUCUCUUGCUUAAGGAUAAGUUGCUUCUCUUCUUCAUCAAAACUUUCUUCUUCAGAUGAUAUCGCACUAGGAGGUGAAGUAAUUCUUCAAAAUGUUCAUACCUUCCCAUACACUGAGUUGGAGAUUGCCACAAAUGGUUUUCAUUCAUCCAAUAAAAUUGGUGAAGGUGGAUUUGGCUCAGUUUAUAAGGGAAGACUAGAAGAUGGGACAGUUGUAGCAGUUAAAGUGCUAUCAGCAGAAUCAAGACAAGGAGAUAAAGAGUUCUUGUCUGAGAUGGAUUCACUGUCUGCUAUUAGCCAUGGAAAUCUUGUUAAGCUGUAUGGUGGUUGCAUUGAUGGCCCUUGCAGAAUUCUUGUUUAUGAGUACAUGAACAAUGGUAACUUGGCUCAGAUUUUGCUUGGUGGGAAAAACAAUAAUAAUAGAGCAAAAUUGAACUGGAAAGCAAGAAGAAAAAUAUCAUUAGGGAUUAGCGAAGGGCUUGCUUAUAUUCAUGAGGAGAUUAAACCUCGCAUUGUGCACAGAGAUAUAAAGGCCACCAAUAUUCUUUUGGAUCAUAAUUUUGAAUUUUGUAAUUCUUUAUUUUUGUAUGUAAAAACAUAUAGAGGUUAUCUUGCACCAGAAUAUGCCAUUAGUGGGCACUUAACAAGGAAAUCAGAUGUGUACAGUUUUGGAGUUCUCCUUCUUGAAAUAGUCAGUGGAAGAACAACUCUUGAUUUUGAUCUGCAACUUGGAGAACACUACCUUGUGGAGAAGGCAUGGGAAAUGUUCAAGAAUGACAAGCUUGUGGAACUAGUGGAUCCAAUGUUAAAUUUAUUAGAAGAAGAAGAAGAAGAAGAAGCAGUUAGAUUUCUAAAGGUUGCUCUACUCUGUGUGCAAGAGAAAUGUGGGUUAAGGCCUAAUAUGUCAAAAGCCAUUAAAAUGAUGAGAGGUGAAAUUAGUAUGAGCCAUAUAGAAAUAGAUGAGCCAGGACUCAUUUCUAAUUUUAUGAAUGUCAGAAUUAUAGCCCAGAAACAACAAAGCUCAAGCAGCAUUACAGCCACUUCAAGCCCACAAUUAAGUCCUUUAUAUAAAGUGUAA